CAAUCGGGACCAUUAACAGGUGGGAAAAUAGACGCUGGACCAGAAGAUAUUGAAGAAGAAGAGAAGCGACAAAAGACACAAUGUCAUGCUUUAUUUCUUAAAGAAGGGCCCGUAUAUAUUUAUCCAACGUUUUUUGGAUACACUUGUCUAAAAGGAGCAAGACAAUUUGUUGUUAGUGUAGCAACAAUAAGCCUCGCUCAUCCGACUUGGUUUCCUAUAACUAUUUAA